GCCUUGUGUUGGAGGUGCACACUCUCCGACAGAUACAAUGAGGCUUCUUCUUCACGGUCCUUCUUUUCCUUCAUUGACUUUUCUUCACUCUUGAUUCUUCGCUCCUUCUUUCAAUACAAUCAGAUACGCGCUUUAUAGCAGCAAAGCAAACGCCGAACACGGACUGGUGCUUGACUAAUAACGAGCAUUGCCCAGCUACGCCGCGGAACGCCUUGCAUCAAAGGCUACGAGACGAUCAGUAGUCCAUCGCUCCUACAUCACACUCUUCGAAAACACCAAUCGCCAGCCAUGUCUCAGAAAUACGACGCGCCCCAGGGCGCACCACCGCAGUACCCUCAAUCCCCUCCACCUAUCCACCACGACGCCGGGCCUGCCCCUGGCGGCGUGCAGCCCUACUACAACAACAAUGCCCCCCAGGGCGGCUCUGCAGAUUACUACGGCAACUCCCCGAACCCAUACCAACAGCAAGGUCAAUACGGACCGCCACAAGGACAGUAUGGACAACCGCAGGGGCAAUAUGGAUAUGGUCAGCCGCAGCAGGGAAUGCAGUACCAGCAGGGACCGCCGCCACCAGGAGGUUACUAUCAGGAUGAUAGGAGACAGGGCGGUGGCGGUGCGGGAGGAGGCAUUUUCGCGGGUCUGUGUGCGGGAUUGGCGUGCUGUUGCUGCUUGGACUGCUUGUUUUAGACAGUUGGGGAACAAAGGGAGGCCGUGAGCAGUGGCGGGACCAAGGAAUGCCGUUGAAACGUACCCAGCAUGAGCAUUUAGGCUUCCUCGACACAACACUCUUGCUUACUACCACUCACCGAACGCGGCGCACGGAGAGAAAGAGAAAGAGAAGGGUCUCCUGAUACCAUACGGCUUGUAGAAUGCCAGAUUUCAUUUGUCAUUUCAAUUUUUCUGCGAGAGGUUUCGACGUAUAUAUCGGCUUGAUGUUCUUCUCAGAGCUCAAUGUCAGGAGCGAAUAUGUUCAGCCUGACACCUCACUAAUGCAUCUUACAACUAAUCCAAAUGUCUCUGCAUUCGAUAAACCUGCA